AUAUAUGAACUACACAGACAAAUAACCACCACCAUGGCCCUGGUGCGGAAGAAACUUGAUGACAAAAUACUGAAAACGCUACGGGAGCUGGUGGCCGUUGGCGGCAACAAAGAAUGCUUCGAUUGUGGCCAGAAAGGGCCAACCUACAUCAACAUGACCAUCGGGUCCUUCGUCUGCACCAGCUGCUCCGGCAUACUACGAGGUCUCACACCACCGCAUCGAGUGAAAUCGAUCUCGAUGGCCACAUUCACACAGGAGGAAAUAGAGUUUCUCAAACAGAAUGGCAACGACAACUGCAGCCGGACGUGGUUGGGCCUGUGGGAUCCCAAGCGUGCAAUCAAGCAGGAACAUCGUGACUUCAUGAUAGACAAAUACGAAAAGCAAAGAUACUACCUGGAACCUGCUAGUCCGCUGAAGUCGCUGCCCACGAACGCGUCGAGCUCGCUGACGUCACUGUCGGUAGGAGGAGGGAGUAGCAACAAGAAUGCCAAUGAAAGUUUAGUUCCUCUCAAAACGCCAACGCUAACGCCCCCACCGGCCAAGCUGCGCUUGAAUCGUAACAACUCCGGCUCGUGCAACGGGCUGAAUACGGUGAACUCAUCCUCUUCGAUCGUUGCCCCGGCGGCGGCAGGCGGUGCGACAGCGGGCGUCCAGUUCCAGCAGCAAUUCUCACCGGACGACAGUGGAUUUUUCGGCUCGACGUCGGCGGAUCCACCCAAAAUCCUGCCACCGACACCGCAGAAGGGUCAGUCGGCGCUUCAGCGAAAGAACGGCAUCAAGAUCAAGGGAGGAGCCGCCGCAGCGAAGGGUCAACUGCCGCCAACGUUCGAGCGCAAUCAGAAGAACGGAUUGCUUAACAACAGCAGCACCGGCGGUGGGGGUUUUGCGGGAAGCAGCGGCGAUAUCAACGCCAACAAGUUUACACCGGACGGGGACUUUGUGGCCGACUUUGGUAGCGCAAACAUCGUCAACAACGUCAGCAACGGGGGCAGCCACUACGGCAGCACGAGCAGUUUGAAGAACGGAAGCAGUAGCGAGAACGGGAGCUACGGGCAGCACAAUGGACUCAACGGCAAAGCGUCCGCCAGGGAGAUGGAAAACUUUGCCGAUUUCGACCACAAUCCUAUCUUCAAUUCGGCAGAAAACAUGAAAUCAUACUUCAGCUCGAACAGUUUCGAUAGCAGCACCACCAACAGCGUCAGCAGCACGGCCAGCGUGCAAAGCCUGACCGGAUCCGAUCCGUUUGCAAACUUUUACUCGCACACACUGGCGGGCAACUGCAGCAACGCGGGGUCCAAUGCUGGCACACCGACGGCGUCCUCAUCCGGAACCGGUCCGUCGGCGAAGUACGGUACUGCCGGCUACACUUGUAUGUCACCGGAAGACAAUUUGCACACGGGCAAGCCGCAAAGUCGCAGCUAUGGGUUCGGAAAUACUUUCACCACUGAAACCCGUUUUUCGCCGAAUGCAAACUCCAUCCAGAGUGGCCCCACUGGGGCUCCCUUUCAGUAUCAUUUACCUUCGGGGGGACCCAAAGGCCCGGGCUCGCUACAGGAGAACCAUCCGCUGGGUAACGGAAAUUCCUUGGGAUGCACAGUGAAUGCAAAUCAUUUCAACAAUAACUCCGGUAACGAGGAUACAUCACCGAACGAGACGGUACAGUGGAACUUUUGGCAACAGUUUGGCAAUAGCUGCUGGCCAGCCGAGGAUCAGUUUCAACAGCAGCAGCAACCGUUUCGUAACAAUCAUGCUCUGCAGAUGACGAGUCCGCAACAUGCUGCUGCGGUUGCCCAAACAACAAACUAUCGCUCAGAUCAGUAUCGAUGGAGUCUUCCGAUGCCGCUUGGAGCGACCGGUUCAAAUGGUAACCUGAACGGCACCAACAAUGGCAAUACGUCCAUGCACUCAACACCAUCCGUCGAUCGAUACGCCGCACUGAAGGAUCUGGAUGAACAGUUCCGGGAGAUAAAAUUAGAACAGCAGGCCGAAGCAAACAACAAUACGGUGACGUCCAACGGCAUAACGAAUGGUCAUGGUACAGCCGAUCCUCACGCGUCCCAAGUGUCCACGGCAAACCCGUUCAAAACGGCAAAUCCGUUCCAGCAGCUGCAACAGCAGCAACAGCAACAGCAGCAGCAAACGAUGGCAUGGCCAGUUAAUGGUAUGAACGGAGGGACACCGCGAGAUCAGGCGCUGCCAAAUGGAGCUGGUUUCUACGCGACGUCACCGUACCAAGGAGGAUUUGUGCACGGUUCCAGUCCGCAGCUGUACAAUGGUACCCCAGUGGCCAAUGGGAAUGUUGGCGGAGCCGUCGGUAGCUAUCUACCCACCGGGUACCAUCAACCGAACGGUAAUGGAUACGCGAUGGCAGUAGGUGGCCCGAACGGUGGCUUGCAUGCUGGGCAAUUUAAUGCUACGCUAAACGGAGUAGUACCCGGCGUUAACUCCAACCCGGUGCAUCAUUUUGGAAACUUUGGAAACCCGUUUAUGGCCACCGGUACGACAGCAGGAAGCUCGAAUAAUCCUUUCUUAUGAGUAGCGUAGAUCUUGUAUAGAUAGUAAAUUAUCUGCUUUACAAAAAAAAAAAAAACAAAUACCGACAUGUAAAUGAAAUUAUCUGCACAGAUGAUUGGAAAAUAA